GCUCCGGCGGCCAUCUUUGUGUAGUCCACUGCCUCUCAGAAUGUGGAUUGUCCCUCCGGCGAUCCCGUCCGGUCCGUGUUCCCUGUUUUGAAAACAGUGUAGACGGAUUGUGGGUAGUGGAGACUGGAGCAAAGUGUGAGAAAGCCAUGAGUAAAAGAAAUCAAGUGUCCUAUGUGAAGCCUGCGGAGCCGUCUUUUCUGAAAAAGUUUAAGAUAGAUGUUGGCUUCAAAGAAGGGCCAACUGUCGACACAAAGCGGCAGGAUCUUCCAGGAAUGGAUGAUAGUGAUGGCAGUGAUAAGGAGGAUGAACUGCCACAGGUUGUGGUACUUAAGAAGGGCGACCUGUCUGCAGAGGAGGUCAUAAACAUUAAGGAGCAGCUGAAAAGUUCUAAAGAUGAGAAACCUGCCCCUGCAGAUGGAAAGAUUUUGUUCAAAAAGCCAGAAAAACGUUCCACUAGUGACAAGUUUACAGGUAUAAAUGCAUCCUCCAGCAAGAAAAAGAAGAAUGAAUCAAACAAGGAGUCAACGUCUGCUCAAUCCAGCCAGAAACAAGUGCGGAAUACCAGCUUACUUUCUUUUGAUGAUGAGGAAGAAGACUAGAUCAUCCAGAUCACUGUGGUUGUUGUUUCUUUUUUUUUUUUUUUUU